GUUUCUUUAGGGGUCAAAAUCUAACUCAGCUUAUUUUUUUAUUCACAAGAAGUUUGAAAGGGGAGUUUUUCAUCAAUGGCUUCAACCACUUCCCCUUCACUUUCUAUAUCAUCUUCAUCUACCCUCAUCGACGGCAAGACAAUUCGUCAGUCAGCAGCCCAAUGUGUGACACUACCUACCCUUCCUCCACCACCUGCUGUCCAAAGCCGGGCUGCAAAAACCACUGCCUUCUGUAGAAAGAUUUCAAGGAAUGUGGUCUCAAUGGCAACAUCAACUGGAGAGGUUGCCACAGUAGAGGCCACAACAGCUGAAACGGCAACCACUGAGCUACCAUCAGAGCUUGUCCAAAAAAUUCAAGAAGCUUGGGACAAAGUUGAAGAUAAGUAUGCAGUCAGUUCACUAGGUGUGGCUGCAUUUGUUCUUCUAUGGAGCUCCACGGGAGUGGUCUCGGCAAUUGACAGGCUUCCUCUGAUUCCUGGUGUUCUUGAGCUUGUAGGAAUUGGUUACACCGGUUGGUUUGCCUACAAGAACUUGAUCUUCAAACCCGAUAGAGAAGCUUUGAUAUCAAAGAUCAAGGACCUGUACAAGGACAUUAUUGGAAGCAGCUAAAAGGAAACAGAGUCUUGGUGCUGCUGCAGAGACAUGGUCAAAAUAGAUUUCAGUUGAGCAAAUUUGCAGCUUUGCUCUUCAAACUGUAAACUCUGCUUUGUUCUUUUGCUAUCUUUUUAUUCUAACACAAUAAAACUCAACUGAACUAUGUCUAUAUAUGUGCUCAUUUGUA